UGAAUUACGUCACCAUCAGCACCAAAAAAAUAUGAUGUAGGAUGUAGGUGACAGUUUGGUUAAUAAAAUAUUUAUUUAUAAUUAGGUUGACUGUUUUUAUAAUACUAUUUAACGUAGUGUAGUAUUUACUGUAUAUUGAUAUCACAAAAAAUAUUUACGUUGUAGAUAGACCUAAACCAAGCAUGGCAGAUAGAAAAGCCGAAUUAGAACGUAAGAAAGCAAAAUUACAAGCUUUAAGGGAAGAAAAAGAUCGCAGGAGACGCGAGAAGGAACUAAAGGAAGUUGAAGAGGCGACAAAUAGGACCAUAUUGGGUGGUGGUGGUGAUAGAAAAGAGCUAGAUGAUUUACUUCGAGAAGUUGGUGUAGCUCCUGUAUCUGAAGUUUUUUCUAGUAUUUCCAGUGCUAAUUCACUUACUCCAGAACCCAGUAGAAAUCACACACCAGAUACUUCUUUACAACCACAUAGUUUACCAAAUAAUGUUUCAACAGCUAAGAAAAAGAUUCCCCAACUAACAGUUGUUCCAGUGCAAACUACAAACAUUCCUCCCAAGGAAAUAGUUGUUUACACCAAACAAACCCAGACAACAACGACUGGUCAUGAUGUUAGAGACGAUUUUGGAUUUUGGAAAAAGUCUUGCUACAUGGAGGACUGGUGGAGGCCCAGGAAAGCACAUGCGACCGAUUAUUACGACGAGUACAAUCUUAAUCCUGGUUUAGAAUGGGAGGAUGAGUUUACAGAAGGCGAGGAUGAAGAGAGCAGUCUACCGCCACAUCUUGGAGGAUAUGGAGGAAGCAAGCUGCCGCCCGGGAUAUUACCACACGGACUUCCCCAAGUUAAAGAAGUUCAACCAGCCGUCACUGCGUUAGAACAAGAACAACGUAAAGAGGAAGUUAAAGAAAUUCGAGAAUUGAGUGAAGAGGAAAAACAGAUGAUUAUACUCUCCGAAGAAUUCCAACAUUUCAUCGAUAGAACAGGACGAAUUAUGGAGAGAGCUCUGUGCGAAAGUGUGGAUAUUUAUAUGGAUUAUACUGGUAGCUUAGGAGAGGAAGGACUGGACGAAAAAUCACAUCAACGUAUUUCAUUCCAUCGAAAUUUCUUCGACGAACGAUGGUCACGUAACCGUACUGUUACCUCACUGGAUUGGUCACCUCAAUAUCCCGAACUUCUCCUGGCAGCUUAUAAUAAUAACGAAGAGUCUCCGAACGAUCCGGAUGGCGUAGUUCUUAUUUGGAAUACUAAAUUUAAGAAAACUACACCAGAGUACGUUUUUCACUGUCAAAGUGCUGUUCUAUCAGCCACUUUCGCUAGAUUUCAUCCCAAUUUGAUAUUAGGUGGAACUUAUUCCGGACAAAUAGUGUUGUGGGACAAUAGAGUGCAAAAAAGGACACCCAUACAAAGAACGCCAUUAUCGGCGUCAGCACAUACUCAUCCUGUAUAUUGCAUGAACGUUGUUGGCACCCAAAACGCACAUAAUCUUAUAAGCAUUUCUACUGAUGGUCGACUUUGUUCGUGGUCUCUCGAUAUGCUCGGCCAACCUCAAGAAAUUCUAGAACUCCAUCGAAUGCAAUCUAAACCAGUUGCAGUUACUUGUCUAGACUUUCCCCAUUCGGACGUUAACAAUUUUGUGGUGGGAAGUGAAGAGGGUUCGGCAUAUUCUGCAUACCGACAUGGGAAUAAAGCCGGUAUCACCGACACAUACGAUGGUCAUCAAGGACCUGUUACUGGAAUUAGUGUAAAUGGUGUUCAAGGAGGUAUCGACUUUUCUCACAUGUUCCUUACAUCAUCAAUAGAUUGGACAAUUAAACUUUGGAGCCUUAAGGAUUCUAAACCAAUCUAUUCGUUUGAAGAUAAUGGAGAUUAUGUUCUCGAUGUAAAAUGGUCCCCGACGCAUCCGGCUUUAUUCGCUGCCGUUGACGGAAGUGGCCGAUUAGAUUUGUGGAAUUUAAAUCAAGAUACAGAAGUGCCAGCAGCUAGUAUAAAUGUAGAAGGAAAUCCGGCCUUAAAUAAAAUAUCUUGGACACCAAACGGAUUGCAGGUUACAGUUGGUGAUAAUCAAGGGAAGAUAUGGGUCUUUGAUGUAGCAGAGACUUUCGCACAUCCGAGGCACGAUGAAUGGAAUAAAUUUCUUUAUACAACACAAGAAUUAAGAAAUAAUCAAGUCGAUGACGAAUUGGAAAAAUUAAAUAUGUCAGUACCGAAUACAUCGUUAGGUAGCAUGAGUUCUUUAUCUUUGACUCCACUUCGAUGAAAUACUAAUAAGAAUAUGAAAAUAGUCUAAUUAUUCAAAUAUCUAAAACGCCUAUUCAAGUAUAAAAAAAUAUUUUGUUGGAAAGAUGCAUAGAGUGUCCCUACUCGAAUUAACCUAAAUUUUAAAUAUAUAUCAUUAAAUGGUAACAUAAAUUGAUUGUUUAUUUCUUGGAGGGAUACUCCAUGUAACAUAUAAAUUUGCUUAAUAUUUUUUGUUCAUCUUUUUCCUACAAAAAAAAAUAAUUGAGUUUAUUAAAAAAAUAUUUUUAUACAAAAUAUCUUUAAAAGUGUCAUGAUUGUUUAUUGAUCUAGAUUUAAAUUAUCCAAAAACUAUUUGUUACCUUUCAAUAUUAGAAUAGAAAAUGACUGAAAGACAAAAAGUUUCACAACCCUAAUUUGUUUGGUGAAACUAUUUUUUUCCCAGGCUUUUGUAUCACGACCAUACGCUAGCAGUAUUCUGGACAGUGUAAAACUCUUGUUCAUUUCCCAAUUCACUCUUAAUGAUGAUUCUACUUGCUAUUAUUAAAAAGAUUGUUUAUUUAUAGACGAAAAAAAUAUAAAUUAACAAAAAAAUGUAAUUAAUUUAUUUAAAAAAAAAUCAUAUUUUUUUGGAAUGUUUCCAAUAAAAAAAUACUGAAUUCUUUUCACGCAGUUUUGUAUUGUUUAAUUGUCACUGCAUCUGAAGAUAUACAAGACUUUUCAACGUCUUCAACAGCUCUUUUCUGAUAACGAUCCUUAGAAAAGCUUCCACAUCUAUGGGAAGGCUUUUUAAGCCUGACAUUGUAUACAACUGUUCUUUCAUCAAAUCUCUGUUCAAUCAGGAGCUUCUGCUGGCAAUCUUGAAGUAAACAACAUCCGCAUGUUGAUCCCAGUUACGUUCGGCCAUCUUGUUAGUCUUUUCUCCGAGUAACCGGAGCAUAAUUUGUCGAUAGUAUCCACUCCUCCUUUGGUUGUAUUUUAAACCAUAACACGUGUCAACACAAAAUUUUACUUUGAUGCUAAUGUAAAUUUCGAUAGUUUAGGUCGUAAUUACACGAAAAAAAAUAUAUAUGAAAUAGAAUAGUUUGCUUUUGUAUUUAGAAGACCAACUAAACCAUAUUUUUAAAAAUUUGUGGUUUUAAUGUUUAAUUAAAGAUAGACCCAUACAAAUAAAUAUAAAAAGUAAAAAAUACUUCAAAAGUGUACACGUUCACUUUUUCUUUUAUGUUUAUAAGUACUUUCUCUCAAUAAACUCCAUAUAUAGUCUCCCAUCAUGUUUUCAUUGUAUUUGCCUUGAUAACGCUUUUCGAAGUUCAUAAUUUUCUGAUGAAAACAUUCUCCUUGCUCUUCUGAAUACGCUCCCAUAUAUAUUUUUAAAUUUAUCGUAAUGGGUAUGGAGCAUAUGAACAUUCAAUGACAUCCAGUAACUCAUGGCAUUAACAUUUUUUAGCAUAUCUUCAACUAACUUUUCAUAGUUUUCAGCUUUUUUGUUUCUUAAAAAUCCAGAAAUGACUACUUAAAAACUGUUCCAACUGGUUUUUUGAAUACGAUUCAGUAACUUUGGAAAUUCUUCAAUUUGUCCAAUUUGCGGACCAAGAAAACCCCCAGCUUUAACCUUUGCUUCUGAUACCUUAGGAAAUAGUAUAUUACAUAACAAGAGUUGUAAGUAACCCAUUACUCACGAAGUGAAAAAUUUUAUGCACGAAGCCGCGCAGAGGCGAGUGCAUAAAUUUCAUGAGUGCGUUAUGGGAUUAUAACUUGUGUAACGUACUAUACUUUUUCUACGCCCGUUCAUUUUUUUCCAUUAUGUAAAAAACAUGCUACUUAAGAAAACGUGUCCUAUUUUGAAAGAAAUUGCAUAAUGUGCUGCCUACAUUUAGGGGCAUCACUCUUUCAAUCCUAAAUAUAUCUCGCUAAUGCUAAAAGUUUUUAUGUUUUUUAAUUGACUAAAUUUGUGUAAAUAGACCAAAUAAAGUCUUACGUAAAUAAAAAUUUGUAAUUUAAUUAAACCAAGAAGUUUAAGUUUUCUUCUCAAAACGCACGUGUAUGUUAUGAGAUCUCAUUACGUGCAUGUUAUUGUUAAAUGUCAUUUACAAAGAAUGUUGAGUUUGCGCUUUUUGACGUUUACAGAUAUGGGCGUAGGAAAAAACUUUUUCGAGUACCCAAAAGCUGAGAUUUGAUGGAGUUUUUUAAUAAAUUGUUUCAUUAACCCUAGCUUAAUGUGCAGAGGCGGCAUUAACACUUCAACAAUGAAAUUUUAUUUAUAUGUUACAUGUGUUCUUCUAUAUUGUAUACAUUAAGAAAGGAAUUAACAUAAUUUAAGUCUGGAACAAUUAAGUUUUGUAAAUAUCGAACUUUAACCGUACUUAAAAAAAUGAUAUUAUUUUUUUUGUAAAACCGCUAAACUAAUGUUAAAAUGGCUCAGUUUGUGAUUAUUUUAUAAAAAAUGCUUUCGUAUACAUAUAAAUUUUUUGUUAGCUUAUCGCGACUAAGGAACUUCUAUACGCUUAUACUAUUUCAUAUUAUACUUUUUUUUCUCAUUUGCUAACGGUAAUUUGUAAACUUGAAAAUUGAAUGGCGAAAUUCACUAUAAGCAAAAAAUAUUGACAUUUAUAAAUUAUGCGUUCGACGUUAGUCUAGAUAAUCUCCAUAAUUUUAAAGAGGUGUAACUAUAAAUAUAAUUGAAAUACGAUUUUAGGUUACAUUUUUAUUAUUUAUUCCCAUUAUAGUGAUACAAUUCAAUAGCAAUUUACAUUUUCUUUUCGAUACUUUUACCGAAUCUAAUUUUAUUAAACAUUGUAACUAAUAAAAAUUUUUGAUUUGUU